CAAAACGGUCAGACGAUCGCUAAAGUUUUUAUUUUAUGUGCCAUAUUUACACGCUGUAGCUACUAUUUCUUAUAAAAUGGGAAAACAUAAAAAUAGAGGACAAAAUGAUGUACUGUUGCAGUUUAUGGAGAAGUAUCCCGACAUCGCCAGAGGGUUUACCAAACGAGAAAAGGCGCUUGUGGACUCCCUUUGGCAACAAUUAGCAGAGUCGCUUAACAGCGCAGGCCCGCCAAUAAAGGAUGUGAACGGUUGGAAGAAGAUAUGGACGGACUGGAAAAGCGAAGUGAAAAAGAAGUUGGCGCAGAAUAAAAUCGAAGCCCGAGCCACUGGUGGAGGACCAUUUUCUAAGUAUACAUUGAACCAAACGGAGGAAACCAUUGUACGCAUUUGUGGAAUGGCGCAGAGUGUUAGAGGGGUUUCGGGACUAUCAUUUGGUCUCGAGGAAGAAUAUUUAAUAUCAAGCGAUGACGAUAUCCCUUCAACUUCUGCGAAACGUCCUCGUCUUGACACCUCUAUUGCUCAAAAACCUACGCCAAAAGAAACAACAAAUGAGCGGCUAAAAAAGUUUCUUGAGUACGACAAAGAAUGGAAGCAGGACAUAAACAGACAAGGCUUUAGUCAGCGCGGUUAAUAACCUAACACAGGAAUUCAAAAAAUCCACCAAAAAAAUGCUUGAAGUAUUACGCAAACAUGAGGAGGAGGAGUAUGAUCCCUUGGAAGAGUAUGACUGAUUUAAAAUACGUUAAAAUAAAACUAUUUGCAUAUGUACAAUGAAUUCUAUAAUUUAAUUAAUUUAAGGAUUUACGUAUUUAAAUAAACAAUUUCAUGUUGUGUGCCUUAACAAAAGAACAAUAGAUUUAAAGAGCGUUUGCUAUUUCGUUUCGGAUCCGUUGGCCCUCAUU